AUGUCAUCUGUGAGACAAGCAAAAUACGGUAAGUAUAAAUAUGCAAAUUAAGUGCCUUCCGUAUGUUUUUCUUGUUAUCGUUGUAAACAAUUUUUAUACAUGAAACGUAAAAUGCAUUAAUCAAGCAAACGAACAAUUGUAAAGAAUAGAAAAACAAUUUUUACGUGUUUAUUAUCCGGUCUAGAAAAAUUUGCCAUUUCAACUAAAUAUUUCAUGUCGGAACAUCUUUGCGUUGAAAAACUAAUUCUGAAGCCACCGGGAAUUUUUUUCUGGGGUUUUUUGAAGCCCUAGAAAGUUUUGAAUCGGUUUCCCAAAAUGGCAAAUACUUCAAGAUGUUAGAGAUUUUUUAGAUGGUUUUCAAAUCGACCAUGUUGACGAGAAGAUAGGGUCAGUUAAUUUUGAUUUAACACUGCUUUCGAAGACUUAAAAGGGAAGCGACCUAUUCGUUACCGUUGUAACCCUCAGCUGAAAUUAUUUGACAUCCUGUUCAUUUAAGAUAAAAUCCAUUUGAUAGGGUAGUUUUUACUUUUACUCAAAAUGAUGCAUAUUUUCUUAUAGCCUAAAUGCUUCUUGCGCAACUUAUGGGCGAACCCGAAUCCUUCUCCUCUCCGUUGGUCUAAGAAUGAGUCUUUAAUAGACCACUCAAGUGCUAUUGUACUCCUUCCCCUUCUUCGGCGUUUACUAAUUUUAGUCCUUUGACUUUCUAUUGUGUAGGCUUUGAGCUGGACACAUCAACAUCUGGAACAGCUGCUGUCCAAGGUCCGGCUUCAGUUAGCUCGUUUCUCAGCGGGGGUUCUUUUAGUGACUUCCAACUUCCCGGGCCAAGCAGCAGGGGUCUAAAGACAAACAUCUACUCCGGGUAUCUUUCAUAAAAUUUUCACUCUAUACUAGAGACAAACUUUUCCGUUGUCUGAUAAGCCCUUGAUAAUUUGUGUCACGUUGACUACUGAAUGAAAGUAAUAUUUUAAUUAGGUUCAACCCAGAACCCUUUCAAACGACCUCACAGAAGAAACAAAGACUGCAUCGGUUUCAAUUGAGUUAGACCUUUGCAGUUGAACAACAAAAUUUUGGAAGCAGGUUCACGGAACUCUAUGGUUCAACUGAAUUUAUUUAAAAAUUAAAACUUAGAAAGUAUCUCGUUAAUUUACCGAUAUUGAUGUGGUAUGUAAUCUGGAUGCAAACUAUAUGAUAAAAGUAAUUAUCUCAAACAGUUCCAGCAAAACAGAGACCCCAGGUAGUUCAUUAACAACACCUGCCCCUGGACCUAGGCUCAUGGCCUCGAGCAGUACCUCCCGCAGGACACCCAGCUCACGUCGAACCCCACACAUCUCAAGCACAACCCCAGGAAUGCCAACUUCUUCUGUUGUGGUUGGUAGGUUGAUCAGCGUAUGCUUAUGUCAUCCACUAUUGCGACAUUUUGAGUAGUAAUUACCUUCGACGAGAACCUAACGUCGAGAAAUUGCACAUAAAGGUCUCCGAGGCAGCAUGGUUAAGAAGUCAAGUCCUCCACCUUGCUACCCACCGGAUUUACCCGAGUUCAACCCACUGGCUGCGUUCCAUGAAAAAAGCCAUCUGUCUGCCUUCUGCCAGUUUGGAUUCUUAACUAGUUUAUAUUUAUUUAGAAUACUUCCUUCAUUAACAUUGACCCACCGCCUUGAAAGAGAAUGUUAAAUUUGCGCCAGACAAGUUCCUAUAUCAUCAUCAUCAUUGUCAUUAUUGUUGUUUCUUCGUUGAUUUAGGUUUUUUAUUGAUCGUCGAUUUUAAUUUUCAACGGGAUUCUUCUUCCUCGAACAAUUUUCCCUCGCCGGUCAGAUCGCCAAAUCAAAUGCCUCUCAGUGAUAAACGAGAGCCAUGGAAAUUGCAGCUUACAUAGACACAAUGGCGUAUGUAGUUUGCAAUUGUGAAUUGUUAUUUUUCUUAAAGCAAUCGUUGAAGGACGUGGCCUUGCAAAAGGAGAAAUUGGGAUGGCUAGCAUCGACCUGAAGAAACCAGAACUGAACUUGUCACAGGUCAGCUAUCAUCAUACCGUAUGUUAGACCUAUGUAGGUUCACACAGAAUUAAAUAAUUUUGUUAUGUCCUGUUUUUUUCCUGAUAAUUGCACGAAAGAUGAUAUUUCUAACAAUCACUUGUGUUAUUUGUUAAGUUCUCAGAUAACCAGACUUACGUCAAGGUUUUAACAAAGCUACAGAUUUUGGAGCCUUUGGAGGUAAGUUGGUAACCGAUGUGUAUCAUGUUAUGAACAAUACGUAACAACAAAUUUGUUACAAAUGUGGUCGGGUCCCUAAUUGCGUUCCAAAUGAUCUGUCAGUUAAGAACUGAAAAUCGACAACAAGUUUAGAAUACGCAAAGUUUUUAUUUCGUUUCCUCACAUGACCGUGUGCUAAUAAAAAAACACAACAGAUAGAUGCGAAGACGCCUGGUUGGAAUACUUUUUCCAAUCACCUUUCUUUCAUGCAUGAUAUAGAUGUAGUGGUCAGCGAGAAAUUAAUUACUGAUGAAACAGUCCGUGUUUCAUAUUAAACUCUCCAAUUUUUUUUAGUUUUUUUUUUCUUGUUUUGUCUUUGUUCUUUUGUUUGGUUAUGCUUCGUUUUCCUUUUUUUACCAGAUUAUCAUGCCUAAUACAGCGUGUGAAAACCCUUCUGCGCUAUUCAAGUUUCUAAGUGACCAGAUACCUUACGCAAACUUAUCAUCUGUCCAGCGGAAAUACUUCAACGAGGCGAAAGGUAACACAUUUUACAUUUUGGGGCAGUAAAAAGCAAGUUUAAAGAAAUCUAGCCAAAAAUAACGAAAACAUCUUUCACUGCUGUCAAUAAUCCUUUCAAUCCCUUUCUAGAGAGGAUGAGGUCUCUUGCUCCUUGUCAUUUCUUGAGCAGUCAUUCGGUUUUUGUUUCAGGCUUAGAUUACGUGAAACAACUCUGCGUUCCAGAGUUAAACACUGUUGAAAUGGAGGUAGCUUCAAAGUAAGUUGGAAUGACAACAGAUUUAUACAGUAGAUGGUCGUCAGUGUGACAUUCGAUGAAAUUCGUGUCACUUGUAGAAAACAAUCAAAUUUACGGGUUAUUUACUGUUUAUUGGUAAUUUUUUCACGUCAAAUCGGCAGUGAGGAAUACGCAAACAAUCCGUUUACAGAUUCUAUAUUUCUGCACGCGGAAGGUCUUCGAGAAGCCAAGCACGCAAGUUGGUGUUUAAAGUAAAGUUCUGAUUCGGAAGUUGUCUUCACAUUCAGAUUAAUAAGUUUAUUAUUUUGUUUUUUCUUUCAUAGGUACUAUUGCCUUGCGACGGCUGCCGUAAGUUUUAAAUAUUAUUGUUACUAUUUAUUAGAAAACUAUAUCUAAGUUUCUCCGAGGCGAGUUUUGCAUUUUGGCUUUAUGUCUUUUCUUUAUAAAUCUUGGAGGAAAUAACCUUUACUUUGAACUGACAGGCUUUGCUCAAGUACGUGGAAUUUAUUCAGAACAUUGUUUAUGCUCCUGGAUCUAUUAAAGUAGUGUUCAAAGGGAGUGAGAAGACAGCGAUUGUAGGUAGGAGCAUAUCUUCUACCAUGCUUAGAAUAGAGUUGUUUGAGUGACAAGCUGGUAAAACGAAAUUAGACCAAGCACUCUCUUGAAAAUUGUGAUUCACUUCAUCCCUCCCUCUCUUGUCACUAGCUUCUAUUGGACUGGAGCCUUGAACAAUUUCAAGCUCACUGUCAUCUGAUUCGGCCUUUCAAAGAUAUUACCUUCAUAUUAACCUAAGCGUUGCGUAAUUUUUCAGAUUCCUCAACUAUAAAGAACUUAGAACUAAUUCAGAAUGCCAGGGACCCUGAGAGUGGUCACUGUCUUUGUGGAAUUCUGAACCACACGAAGACAGCUGGAGGAGGUACAAGGAGACUUAUUCCUUUUUUGUACAGUGCUAAUUUCUAAACUGAUUGAGAUUGUGUUACCUCUAUGGAUUGGUGGACGUGUCUCCGUCUCACUUUCUCCUUAUGCUUUGUUAUCUUGCAGCCCGCCUUUUAAGAUCAAAUAUUCUUCAACCCCCUUGUGGUGAGUAAGAACAAUUUAUUCUUCUUUAAAUGCACUUUCAAGAGCUUAUUUCUCAGGUAGAUUUUACGUUUUCAAGAUGAAGAAUGUGAAACCAUGAGUGGGGAACUAUUGGCAGCUUUGUGUCGCUCCUUCUAAUGUAUGAUAAGACAUUCUUUGGCUUCUGGUGAUUAAUCAUAGUCAUACUUUUGCACUCAAAGAGUUUAGAAGACUGCACAGUAAGUCAAAUAUUAUGUUCAGUGAAGUAGAUUGUUACUACAAAACAGCAUGCGUCCAAACACUUAGUUAGAAGCUAAUGCUAUAAUGGUUAUUGUAAAGGUUAUUUCCUCCAAGAUUUAUAAAGAAAAGACAUAAAGCCAAUAAUGCUUAUCAGAGAACUCGCCUGUGUUUCGUUUUUAAACAGAUGCAGAGACAACAAAUGUACGUUUAGAUUGCAUAGGAGGUAAGUGGCCGUGUGCAUCAACUGGGAGCGACUUUCAAUCCUGAGUGAAACAAAUCAGCUGAUAAUUCAAAGUUCACGGUUUUUGUUAAGUGAGUACACACGUGUUAUACUAGGAAACAACUUUCUCUCUUUUCCCGACAGAGUUAACAAACAAAGAGGUUGGUAUCUUUUGGUUUGGAAUCGCUGUCUUUACUGCGAGUCAUUUUUCAUACAUGUCAUUGGUUUUGCGGCCUGUACAUGUGUCUUUCAACCUCCUAAUCUUUUUGCACCUAUACUUACUCACUCAGGAGCUCUUCUACGGAUUACAGUCUGGUGAGUUUAGGAUCGAGUGUAACACACAGCUGACUUAGUAAGUUUAAUGACCGACCGAUCGACUGAGUGACUGUCUGACGGACUUGCUACCACGUUGUCUACACACAUGUCGUUGGUAGCCGUGUAGUGUUUUAGUGCUCUUACAUCGUAGCCUAUUCUUUCCUAGGGAAAGAAAAACAAAAUGACUAACUCAUACAUACCUGAGGCAGUUUUCCCAAGUUUAUGCGCGCACGUGCGAUUUUUUGACGCGCACGAUUUUUUUUAUUUCCAAUUGCAUGCGAUCUUUGGCCCGUUUUAUUCGCGUUUUUCGGUUAACGUAUGCGCGAGCGGUGCUGUAUGCAGGAUACCUGUGUGUUCACUCGAUAAGCUUGCCUAUUAAUCAUUUGGAUUUUUUCUUGAAAAGAUGGCAAACUGAACUAUUUGCCUUCCUUUUUUUCAUUCGACAGUGAUAGGCCGGUUCUUAGAUAUUGACCACCUAACCUCUAUGUGUGUUCAGCUUCCCAAGCAAGAAACAGUGAAAACAGCUGAAUCCAAAAUCACAACAGUUAUAUACCUGAAGCACACCCUGGAGCUUGUCGAGCCUUUAAGAACGGCUCUACAGGAUACCGAGGCGGACCUUUUCAAAGCUUAUUAUGAGGUACAGUUUUAGAGACAUGACUAACAUGCUGGUCAAAGUCGUCGAGCUAAAAAACGUCAGCUAAGCUAAGGACGUUUGCUCAGACAAUUGCCUUUUAAAAAGAGUGAAUUUGAAAUAUUCUUUCAUCGGCUAGUUUUGUUUUGUGUCACACAGUCACUCAAUGAUAGCAGAUUUGCAACCAUCAUGGAGAAGAUUCAGACUGUCAUACAUGAUGACACUCGGUAUCAGAAAGGAACUCUCAACAUGAGGACUCAGAAAUGCUUUGCUGUUAAGGUGCAAGUAUGGACUAAUACACCUCAACAGGGGCUCAAGCUAAGAUACUGAUUUUGAAAUCAGGAAAUGCUUUAAAAGUUAUUUUCAGAUCACUUCAGUUUUCUGUGAGCGAUCUUAAGAUUUUAGCGCGAUAAGGCCAGAAUGGAGGGUUUCGUCUCCCACAUUGAUCUUCUCUGGGUACGAAUUCAAUCACAAUUCUAAUCUUCCUUAUUUUAAUGGAAUAAUGGAAUCGUUUCCUACAAUAGGAAUUCCCGCGAUGAUUUUAUAAGGAUCUUUAUUUAAUCAAAGCAUUUGUAGGAAUUGUUAUUCAUUACACAUGGAGUAGGUUCGAGCUAACUGUUUUGUGCAUUACAAUACUAACUUUUCUCUUUACUGCCUUUUUCCAAUAAAAAAAAAUCAAUUUGAAACAUGGAUGAAAGCCUCAUAUAAACGGUAAGAAUAGCUUCCAUCUUAGCUUAUCCUAUUUUAAUUAGUACAGGAGAUAUUGACCAUGGUAUGACAUCCUUGCAGGCCUGUUGGACGUUGCCAGGAGAACGUACACUGAGAUUGUCGAUGACAUAACUGGUGAGUUAAUUAGAUCUGUACCCCUUAUAACGUGCGGAUAAUGAUUCAAUACGUAUAGCAUGAUCAAUAAAAGCAUGUUUAAUAAUGAGAUAAAUUAUAAUAUACGAUGUCUUUUUAUCCUUAUGCAUCUGCCAGUGAGUUGAAUACAAAGUAUGUAUCAGAUCGUUUUACGAACUUUGGAAUCUUCUCGGAUUAGGACCUCGUUUUGAGACCUGUGUGCUCUUGCUACAUGUACACGUUAUGUUCACUCCUUUGGUAACCGCUGGAACAUAUAUAUCUAAGUCAUCUAUAGCAUAAGUUGGUCUUGAUUUCAGAGAUGAUCAAGCAAUUGGGGGAAAGGCACAACUUACCCCUAAAAACUGGUUUCAACGGCACCAAGGGGUUUUUUGUGCAAAUGACGCUUAACCGAGAUCAACAUAUUGACUUAAAAACACUGCCCAACGAGUUCCUAAAAGCAACGAAGGUCAGAAGUGCUGUCUGUUUUACCACGGUAGAUCUGGUUAGUAUAAGUAAUAGAUAUCUCGAUACCAAAAGAAGACUUAUUUGAAAACGUGUUGUAGGAGAUAAGCCACCUUUUACGUUUAGUGCUGAAUUGUAUUUUUUUUCCUCUGCUCUUUUCUUUUUUGUCUCUUUGAUACUUUAGCUAUUUUCUCUUUCGUCGAAAUCGAACUCGUUUUUCGCUAGUAAAGAAGAAUAUUAUUUAUAAGUGAUAAACGUAAAACUAGGUGAUUUUGCAAUAUGUAAUCAUGAACUAAAAGAAUCUCAGUUAAUGACAAUAUCUAGCCAUACUGAUUUAUUGCAGCUACUGAUUUUUAUUUCUUUUCACCCUCACUGCUCCUUUUAAUGGCUUUAGAUAAAGCUUAAUGGUGAGUUGUCUAAUCAUUUCAUAAAUGACUUGAGCGUUUAUCUCUUGGUGCCAAGAACAAUAUUUAAAGAGUGUCUCAAUUUCUUACCAUAGACAGGAUAAAGGAGUCUUUGAAUGAAAUAUAUCUCAUGACAAAUGUGUAAGUCUUGCAAUUUAUUUUUGUAUGGACUUAAAGUGCAGCCUCGACAUUCGCUAAUUUUGUAUCCGCUAGGGAAACUAAUUUAUUAAGGUUGAUAAGUCGCCAUUGAAUGCUGCAAAGAGGUACAGAACUGAUGCAAAACAAAUUUUCCUAUAUGUCAGUCUGCGUCAAGUUUCUUUAGGCGUGGCUCCCACCAGCUGCAUUGCAAUCGAAAUGAUAAUGAUAGGUGUCCUUCAGUCAUGUCUGUGUGACGAACCAAAAAUCUUGACGGACAUAAUUUUGAGAGCAAUAUCUAUCUUUUUUUUAUCUUUUUAACAUUUAUAGGGUAGUAUCUGAACUUCUGAGUGAAAUAAGGGAACACAUGGGUUGCCUUUAUAAACUUGCUGAGCUUGUCAGUGUGAUGGACAUGUUGGUUUCAUUUGCUCACCUAUGUACUUUGUCUGACUAUGGUAGGUUUGUUCUUUAUGGCUCGUCUCUAGAUGCGUUGUCAGUUUUAUAAUUAAGAGGCACAUUCUUGUUUCUUUUUAAGUUCGACCAGAAUUCACGGAUACUUUGGCGAUUAAGAAUGGACGUCAUCCUAUUUUAGAUAAAAUACUUCCCGAACCACCAACAGCAAAUAACACGGUCAGUGUAAUAGGAUAAACUGACAUGUUCCUUUCAAAUUUUACGAGGAACCUUUUCAGGGCGUUGGAUUCAUGAUUAGCUUCUUUAAUUCGUUCACUGUAGAGCUAGCAGGCGUUUUGGCAAUUUGGUUCCUAAUGAAAACAGAAGAAAAUAGAUUAAUGGGUAGAAGUAAAACUGGGUUGCCCCAAGCUAAUUAUUAAUUAUGUUUUCUUUUCAGUAUGCUACUGAGGGGUCAAAUUUUCUAGUCAUAACAGGACCUAACAUGGUAUGCUAGUGCCUGGUAGAACAAAUUAAACUGUCCCUUAAACACUUUUAAAAACAAAUACCAAUGCGCGAUGUUUUUUAACUGUAGAGUGGUAAAUCUACAUACCUGAAACAGAUAGCCAUGCUCCAAAUAAUGGCCCAGGUUGGAUGCUACGUACCUGCGGAAUACGCUUCAUUCAGAGCCGCUGAUCAAAUACUUUCAAGGAUAGGAAGCGAUGAUGACAUUGAAACCAAUUCCUCCACCUUCACCCUUGAAGUGAGUUUCAUUUACUUCGAAAGUGGUUUCCAUAAAGCUUAUGGCUUCCGACGGUUCCAUUUAAGGGAAAAGUAUUUUUCACAAUCCCUGCAAUUUUCAUUUCCACUGUUGAAAAGCCUACAAUAAAAUUUACCCUCCUAUGGCGAUUUCAGAUUCCAUAUAUUUAACUAGUCGUUCAAAAAUUCGUACUCACCUAAAUGUGAUUUUUGCCAUGAUACCUACUGACGGUACAUGAGCAGGCCAAAAACAAGAAUAACUACGAUAUAUCGUAAGCUCAAAAGACUAAAGGCAUCCUGUUUUAUUUCGUAGAUGCGAGAAAUCCACUACAUCAUUCAGGUGCGUUUCCAUUUCUUUUAAAUGGAGUGUACAUCUUCGUUUCCACAUUUCAGUCUUUAGUUAGCACGUUUACAAGGAAUUUAAUUUUUUUUUCUAGAAUGCCAGUGACAUGUCACUUAUCAUAAUUGACGAGCUUGGAAGAGGUACAUUACUCAGAUUCACAGUGACGUACUAAAUUGUUAAGACGUUGUUGAGGGAGAAAAGCUGAGCAUGCCAUAAGGAGCAUCCUGUGGCUCUCUUCAUUCGCUGCGAUAUUGCUCUGUGUCUUUUACACAACCACUACUUCAACUACUUCGGCGUCUAACUUCGUGUGUCUUGUAUCGGUUAGUGUCAUCAAAAAAUGUAAAGAUAAAAGGAGAACAGUAAUGGUGAAAAUAACAAUAACAACAAUGAGAAGAUUGACUUAAAAAAGAAGUUAGAAAUGAAGAGAAGGUAAUUUUGACAUUAGCCGCCACUAUAUCUCAACUGCUAUCUUUUUUCCAGGAACUUGUAGCGAGGAAGGAGUUGGAAUUUGUUUCUCCAUUGCUGAAACUCUACUGAAAAGAAAGGUAACAAUCAACCUGAAGGUUAAUAUUAAAAAAUAUAAUCAGCAUUUAUUAGCGUUUAAAUAUUCCAACUGCUUUCCAAAAGCUCACAUUUAUCUCACUAGAUAGAAGAUAAAAAAACGAAUAGGUGAAUGCAAAUGUAAAAUGUUCGUAGAUUUUGGUAGAGGCAUUUAAAAUGUCGGAAGCACUGUAGAUGUAGUAAUAGGUUUCUCUCUUAUUUUAUAGACAUUUACAUUCUUUGCAACCCACUUCCUUGAAUUGACAACAAUGGAUAGCUUAUACCCUAACGUAGAAAAGUAAGUGGAAAAUGUGCCACCGUCGCAGCAUCUCGGUAACGAAUAUUCUUAAUACGAGUAUCUUACUUAUUGAUUGAUCGGUAGGUUUGAUGAACUGAUUGACUCAUCGAUUGAUGAAGAUUAAAGUGCUAUUGUGUACUAGGCUAUCCUGCGAAAAUAUCCAAUUGAUGUUAUCACUCAUACUCUUAUCAUCGAUGUCAUCAUUAUCAUUAUUACUACUACAUAUAGAUGUUUACAUUUGCAGCCAAAGGAAUUACUGUUAUUUCAAUGGAAACAUACACACUGCUUAGAGGUACAACUGACAUUAGUUUUCUCUCUUUACAGUUUGCAUUUGAAGAUCCAGGUAAUUAUUUUGAAACAUUACCACAAUAGGUUAGUCAGAUUUAAACUGGUAGCUCGUUACUUCCCAAAAAAUUAAUGUCCUGGGAACACGAUCGUUUUGCUAAUCCUCCACGCAGGUUAUUGGUAAGCAUUUAUUAGUUGAUGAAUCUGUUCUAACUAGAAUAUUUGAAAUAUGUUUUCAGAAAAUGUUUAGUGCAGAAGCUGCAAGUGAGAAAAUAACAUACACUCACGUGGUAUCAAAAGGAAAAACAGAAGAAAAACACUAUGGUGAGUAUUCAACACAAAAAAUGAUAAUCUUGAAUUAUAUACAGUAAUUACGAGGAAUGUGAUCAGUACCGGGCUUCAUAAUACUUGUAAUUGUGCUCGCCUAUAGAUGCUGCAUGCAUGCUCAGUCUUGCCUCCGGGUGGUAUUCUUAGAAAUAAAACCUUAGUAUUUCGCCUAAAAAUUGAAAUAUUCUCUACUCACGCCCACCCAUACUGGACUAGAUUUUUUCACCUCUGCAUAUAUUCGCCCUUUACUUCCUGUUGAAAUGUUGAAUUCAAUAGCGACUGUUUCUCAAAGCUUUAACACCUUACACUAAAACUGGCAUUAUCUUCCCGGAAAUACUGUCGCGCGUGACUAGAAGGCUUCCUCUUGUCUGUAACGAGUUGCGAUUUUUUGGAUGAAAAUAAGGUUGCUCGAGUUAUUAAACUGGAAGCGUUUCAUCCAUGACAGGUGUUCAACUUGCUGAGUUCUCGACGUUGCCUCAGUCAAUCGUCAGGGAAGCUCGAGAAAUUUCAACCGAGUUGACAAGACAGAAAGAGGUAGAUAUGAAGUCGCAGUUAGUAUUUCAGUCGCCGCACUUUAUUUCAAUUUUACCAAAGUUUUCGUAAGAACGAAACAGGAGGAUUCUCACUGCCCAAUCUCAAAUCAUGAGUGAAGAAUUAACCUUACUUCAUCUUUCACGAGUUUUUGCUGCUUACCCUCCAGUUUAUGUUCUCCUUCUUCCAAACUUAAUGAACCCUUGGCUUAGAGCUCUUAUUCCGUUUGACGUAUGGAGAUUAUUCUCGUGACGACUACCACCUUGUGAGUUGGGAGAAUUCCAUUUGUUUAUUCUUCAUGGUGGUAUGGGUUAAUUGAUAUCAAUUCUUAGCUUUUUUGAGGAACCUGCUUGUGUCCUUUUUUAACCAGCCAUUGCAAUUUACAAGACUUGACAUUGGACCUUUGCAUUCUCAGGCAGUGUGUUUAGAUUUUUAAAUCAAAAGCUCUUUAAAAGAAAACUCUUAAAAAGAGUUUCGUUUCGAAAUUCUGAGACAAUUUUGGCGUGAGAGUGAAUUUUCUUUGGACAAAAGCAACCUCAACGUCACAGUUUGCUCGAACAUAAAUAAAUAAAAGAAGUACGAAAAAUCAAAUUACGACGGCAGAUAGUUUAAGAUAGCAAAGAUUCAACUGCGAAAGAUUGCAAAUCUGGGAAUUGCGCAACUUGAAAAUUCAGGCUUAAUUGUUGAAGAUUUAUGACUCAGCUCCUUUAUCUAUGUCAUUUCAGACGAGUCAGUUGUUGUCAUCAGAGAGUCGCCAACAAAUGGCAGUGUUCCGAUUGGCAACUAAGCUUUUCCAAGCUGGACGCAACUCUCGCCUGGACAGAGCUGGACUGCAGGCUUACCUUUUGGGUCUUAAAAACCAGUUUGAGAGGGACUUUGUUCUUGAGGUCGAAGAAUAGAAAGGCGAAGGCAUUUUAAUUUUUAAUCAGUCUUCCGCGAAAAGAGAAUUUUUUGGAGGAGCCUUAAUCGCUUUGCCCUGAUGAUAUAAAUUUUGAUUUACCUCUAUUGGGGUCUUAGCCGAUAUUUACUGAAAGGAAAAAAACGAUUUAUACCAAAAGGCACCAGAGUUGUGGUACUGGGAGAAAAUGCCUGUGGUCCGAACUUGUGGCUAUCAAUGCGCCAAGAUUAAUAAGGAAGCUGCUUUCUAGCUAUCUUAACUAUUUACCUUCACUUUUUUAACAUUUAUUACAAAAUUUUACACCCGUUUCGAACUGAUUUCUUAAGACUGUAUUCUUCAAGAUGCAGGUAGCUGAAUUUCAACCAAAGUUAUUAAUUCUGAAUGAAUAAAUGGCACUUACCGAAGACAGAAUACGCCUUUGUCGGGUGACUAUAUUUAGUAAACAAGCUGCCCUAAUACAUAUCACAGAGAGUCUACAGGUUGCCAUUG